CUCACCUCCACGGGCACUUUCCAGGCGGUGAAGGAGCCGCUGGCUUUCCUGCGGGUGCUGGAAUGGGCUCCUCUUUAAGGAUCUGCUGCUGAACGCCAGGGAGUUCCUGAAACACAUGAUGCCACAACAGGAAGAGCACCAAGGGAUAGCCGGGGACUUUUAUUUCUUACCUAGAUAGCAGACAAGCACCCUAGGGACUCCACAGAAGAACAUGAAGAUGAGUUUCCCAUCUGCAUGGACACAGUGCAAACCCCAAGGCCUGUGGGAGGUGGGAGGAAUCAGGAACUCUCAAGAAGUGCUCACCACCUCCAGCCCCAAGGCGUAUGCAGUUCAUACCUUAAGGCCAGCGUUUUCCAACACGGGUUGUGUGUCCAGCUUGAGGGUUAGCCUGGGCAAAAAUGGAGCAUGCAGCAUCCGUGACCCCUUUAGAAAAGACUGGUCCAAAUCAUCAAGCAUUACGUGGGUUUUGUUGGCUAGUUUUUACAGCCCUGCCAUUCCCAUUCAUCCUCUUGUUGCCAUCCAGGUGCCCUGGCUGCUCCAGGUUUCCCUUUCCUCCCCAACAAUCCUCUCCUCCUCCUUUUCUCCCCACCCGACACUCUGACCUGGGAGAGAAUCGAAGGAUCCCAACAAAUGUCCAAAGAACGUCCCUAUGGCUCACAGCCAGUGAUCGCUGCUUGUCUCCGUGGCAACCCUCCUUCUUCCUUCCCCCUUGCAGGAUAGUGGUGGUGUCAGUGUGGGGAGGCCAGGUGGCCUGGCCGGGCCUGCUCCUGGCGGCUCAAUGGCCAAGUUGUUUGGAAAGAAAACCCAUACAGGCAGAGAAGCAUGCGGUGCUCUUCCUGCAGACUUGCUGGGUGUUUCGGCUCCAUCCUGACGCUCAGCAGCCGGUCCUUCCUGAGGAACCUCUUUUUGCAAUCUUUGCAUUUGCAACAUGCGGUGGUUAUUCUGGAGGCCUGCGGCUCAGCGUGGACUGUGCAAACAAGUCAGAGAGCGACCUCAGCAUUGACAUAGCCUUUGCCUAUCCUUUCAGGUUGCAUCAGGUGAAUUUUGAUGCUCCCACCUGCGAAGGCAAACGACGAGAAACGCUCUCACUAAUAGGGGACUUCUCUUCUUCUGCGGAAUUCUUCGUCACUAUCGCGGUCUUUGCCUUCCUCUAUUCCUUGGCAGCCACCGUUGUUUACAUUUUCUUCCAGAACAAAUAUCGUGAAAACAACAGGGGGCCUUUAAUUGACUUCAUCGUGACAGUAGUCUUCUCCUUCUUGUGGCUGGUGGGUUCGUCUGCUUGGGCAAAGGGACUGUCUGAUGUAAAGAUUGCUACUGAUCCAGACGAAGUGCUAUUACUGAUGUCGGCUUGCAAACAGCAGUCUAACAAAUGCAUGCCAGUGCGCAGCCCCGUUAUGUCAAGCUUAAACACUUCAGUUGUCUUUGGAUUCUUGAACUUUAUUCUCUGGGCAGGAAAUAUUUGGUUUGUUUUUAAGGAGACUGGGUGGCAUUCCUCAGGCCAGAGGCACCCUCCAGACCCCAUGGAGAAACAAGCAAGCAGCUAUAACCAAGGUGGUUAUAAUCAAGACAACUAUGGCCCAACUGGAGGAUAUAACCAACCUGCAGGCUUUGACCAACAAGCUAACUAUGGCCAGGUGGGUGAAUAUGGCCAGCAACAGAGUUAUAGUCAGAGUGGGCCCACCUCAUUUGCCAAUCAAAUUUAGCAUUCACAGAGUUUGCAUUCUUACACCCCUUAUAUGUAGACAGUGUAACAACACUAGGUUUUAGUGGCACCAGAUUUGUAAAGAAAGUUUAAAUAAAUUAAUACUCCAUGAGAGUAUGUAAUGUAAAUCAAAGAUCUAAUGGUACCUAUUGAAGCAGAUGGUGGUGGCUAGUCUGUUAUUUUUGUCACUAGAUAACUGAUGAUGAUGUAUUCAUCACAGGUGGUGAACUGGAGUAAGUAUCGUUGUAUGUAUUGUAUAGAUAACUUUAUGGUAGUUUGUAUGUGUACUAAAAUGGUAGAAGCAUUUUGUAGCCUCAAGUCUGUAGUAUGUAAUAUGCAUAACAUAAUGAAGUAGAAUGGAAUUUUUCUUCUGCAUUUUGGUGAAAAACAGAAGUGUUUUAUUCUGAUUUCUAAAGAUUACUCAGUAUAUCAUGAUGCAUGUAACAUUGUUCCCAAAUUUUCAAGACUGCCUGUUUGUGAUGCUUUAGAGCAUUUGUUUUUAGUAUAUUUUUUCCAGAGGAUUUUUUAAUUAUUAUUUUUAUUAACCAAUUCCCGUGUGACUUAGUGCAUGGAUAAGCAGUUUCACACCAACAGAAUGUUUUGGACCCAGUAUAUGGAAUUUUUCAAUUUCUGCCACUAUUUUUUUUGUUAAAUGUACGUUUAAGAAAAUGUAUGUAUAUUUUAUAUAUUUUGCAGAGUUGGGUCUAUGGCUUACCCAAGUUCUGAAUGCUUUGUAACUAAAAUGUUUUCCUUGAAAGAGCAUUCAGUAGCAUAAACGGUACCUGAGCAAUGUUUAUUCCCGUUAACUAAGCUAAGUAUUCAUUCUAUAAAUCGCUAUUUCUAUGGAUGUUUUGUGAAACUUUUAACGUGAGCUGUGAAAACUAAGGACCAAGUAACUGUGUUAUAUGUUUACAAAGGUAUUUAUUUAAUUAGGAUAACAGAGGUGCAGAUAUCAGUAACCAAAACCAUAUGAAAAAUAUGCCACGUGUCACAUGUGUAAUUUAACAAAACAUGGCAAGGACAUAGACCGUUGUUAGUCAACAUUAUAAAGCGUAAUUAUUCCUUUUUUCCGGAUGGAAAUAUUUCCAUCUAUGCUAUUUGAAAAUCAUUAAAUGACAGUUCUGUUCCAUCAUUAUGGUGAAUGCUGGUUUUGAAUAACGGUUUUGGUGCUAUCAGUAAAUGUUAGGAAGCUGGCAAAAUCUAAAAAAACUCAUUUUAAAAUAUAGAAAGGCCAAAUUCCUAGCGGGUGUAAAUUGGCAUCGCUUCACUGAGGAUUUGGACUUUGCUUCUUAGAGUACAUGGGAUUCUGUGUAGCCAAAAGGGUCACCUUAAAUUCUCUUUUCUUACUCAGUUUGAAGCCUGAAACACAGCAUCAUAAUCGAAACUGAUCGUCUGCAUUUCUAAAUAAAAGUGUAUCUGUCUAUAAUAUUGUAUGAGCUGUAAUGUUAAAAGCAUCUUAGCAUAAAACAGCAUAGUCUUAUCUGAUUGUUGUAACCAAUUGAUGGCUACUCAGUGGAUGGAUCUAUAUUGUGAUAUCUGUUUGACCCUAAUAAAGUUAUUGCAUACAAAGUA